AUGACGCGGUACAAAAGUUUGCCCGAUGAAUCCGUCACUUCAUGGAAAGUGCUCGAAAAACUUUUCUCUAGACACUUCACGACCUCCCGAAGACAUCCAAAAUCAGAAGCAUCCUUAGAGGCCAUCAUCCAAGGAAAAGAUGAAUCCCUCCGGGCCUACAUAGAAAGGUUCAACAAAGAGGUCGUGCAAGUGUCCACGACAGCCCAUAUGAAGAAGUUCUUGCUCGAGCGAGGCCUCCGACCGCGCUCUGACUUCGCCAAAGCCGUCGGGAUCGAAACGCCCGCCACUUUGGACGAAUUCUUCCUUAAGGCCCAAGCAUACAUACAAUACGAGGAAAAGGAGGUGGCUCAUGCAGUCCGCAACUCAAGACAGGAAGAGAAUACUAAAGGUGCCCGUCAAGACGACUCUCACCGAGGAACUAAUAAGAAGAAAGAAGAUAAAGGUCGAGAUCCAAAAGACUACAAGGCAUCAGUAGGAAAGUUUCGGGAGUACACCCCGCUGAAUGCGUCCAGGGAACGCAUUUUGAACGAGCGCGCGAACGCAGAAUUCCAAAUGGGCAAAGUCCGCUUCCCGAAGUCCAUGCCUACACGGCCAAACAUGGAUAAUUCGAAGUUCUUCCGGUUCCACAAAGGCCACGGGCAUAACACAGAAGACUGCAUCCACCUGAAGGACGCAAUAGAAAUAUUAAUCCGAGAAGGACACCUGAAGCAAUACGCGAAGAAGCAAGAGGCCACCAAAGAAGCCAAGCCGAUCACUGAAGAAAAGUCGGCGGAAGAUACGCCCGCCAUGCAAGUGGCCAUGAGUAUCACCAGACCAGAGGACUUUUACCUCCCCGAUUGGGCCCGGGUGUCUUCCAUUCCCUCUCCUCACAGCCCAUGGGAAGUUUUCCCUUCCGCCAUGGUCAUAUCUGGGGGAGGAUUCAACAAACUCACCGUCGGAUCCGUGAAACGGAAAUUCGACGAGCUAAUUUCAGCUAGUUCAAGCAAAGCCGCUACUCUCGACCUCACCAAGGGUGGCUCAUCUUCCAUAUCUUUCUACAAAGAGGAACUGCCCGACGGAGCACCCAACGCGACCAUCCCCUUCCUUAUCCAGGCUCGAAUGGCCAACUUUGAUGUGUGCCGCAUUCUGGUCGAUCAAGGGAGUUCGGUGGACAUUAUGUACUCCCAGUUAUUCAAAACGCUGCAAUUAAACGACAGCCACCUCACCCCUACGUAG